UAGAAUGUAGUGUUCAUACGUCUAACCAGUGUAUAAAAUCGUUGUUGAGCAACCGAUUUGGAAAAAAAAGAAAGAAAUAUUACAAGAAUUCGUUGUGUUCUGCAAGUGUGCACACCGGUUUAUAUAUUUAUUUUAAAAGCACACCCUGCUCUACUUCAAUCUGUUCUAGGGGUCGCUCAACUGCUGCCUGCUUUCUCGUAAAUGCGCUAGUAGGGUAACUUAGGGUCCUGUUAAUGUGUGAACAUAAAUAUGUAUGUAUGCAUGUGUGUGAUGUGCUGAAUAUAUUUAUUUAUGAUAUACUAGAGAGGUGUUUGGAAUGUCAUUCAAAUCUUUGAGAUUCCUGUUUUUUAGCGGUUCACGCUCGAAGUUGUUAUUGAGGCCUGCCAGUCCGCGGUGUGGAGUUCUUACGUGUCCUGGAGGAGAGUUUGUUGCAAGGGGCUGGAGUCUUCGUUUGUUUCGUGGGUUACAUCAGACAGCUCCCACCACUGUCGAUUCCAAAACAAAGGUGCCUCAGAAACCGACCUGGGAACCGGUUAGCGAGGGCCAGCUUCCCCCGGUUACUAGGGUGUCCCCAGAUCUUGUGGAUCGACUGGAGCGUCUAGCGUUGGUGGAUUUCAGGAACCAAGAGGGUGUGGCUAGGCUGGAGAAAGCAAUCCGGUUUGCUGAUCAGCUCCAUGUUGUUGACACUGAGGGGGUGGAGCCUAUGGAUUCUGUGCUUGAGGACAGGCAGCUGUACUUGCAGCGGGACUGCGUGAGGGAGGGGAACUGUGCAGAGCAGCUGCUCCGUGCCUCCAGACGCACUGUGGAGGAAUACUUUGUGGCACCACCAGGGAACAUCCCCCUGCCAGAACGAAAUGAAAGCAGCAGUUUUCUGAAGAACUCUGGAUUGUGACUGGAUCCAGAAUCAAGUUUCUGCAUACAGGCAACUUCGUUUGAAGGUUAAUCAUCUUAGGAAUUUAUCCAGCAGAUGAAUGACAUUUAUACUGUUCAAAUUCAGUACACUACCCAUGCAACAGAUAUUGGACAGCUAUGAUGAAAAACCCACAAAUGUAUUAUGUCCUGUUGACAUGUAAAAAAAACAGAAAUCUAGAGGUACAGUGAAAAAAAAGACUGCCUCUACUAAAUAAACAGUGGGAGUGA